UGCAUAAUUUACAUUCGCAUUUUUUACACAAAGUUAUAUUCUAUAUUAUUUAAAUUAUCAGUUGUUUUAUAAUAUUAUGCUAUAUAAGUGAGUUAUUCGUUUUUAUUUGUAUGGAGUAGGGUGUAAUAAUUAAGACAAAUUCAUAUUAGUCAUCCUCUGCUUAAUCGCUAUAAGAGUCCGUAAACUUUAGUAAAGCUGUUUUAUUAAAUCCGGUUUUUGAGUUUACUGGUUUUAGUUGAGUUUCAGAAGUUGUUAAAAGUAAUACUAUCUUAACUCACAGUGCAAUACAAUAUGCGAUGAAACAACAACGAAUAGUACACAAAAAUUGACAUUGGCCUUCGAAUUGACUAACUUAAAGAAAAUAACUACAAUUUUUUAUCAAGUUAAUUCAAUAUAAAAAUAAAGAAAAUUUUUGAGAAAAAAUGAAAGUGAUUGUAUUUUUGUUAAAAAUUGUUUCUUUAGGAUUGUGUUUCGUGGAAAUCAGUAGUGAUAACUAUUUACUGCCAUCCAGACGUUGCAUUAAUCCAAAUCAACGGCCUGGAACCUGUGUUUCCAUCUUUGAUUGUCAAACUAUAUUAUCAAUUCUUAAACGAGAGCAUAUAGAACCGUUUGACACUGAAUUUGUUAAGGCAUCACAAUGCUACAAUGACUAUAACACUGCACCACAAGUAUGCUGUACAAGUGACACUAGUUUUGCAAGUAAACAAAACUAUGUGCAACCUUUUGUUAGUCAAGAUUAUUUCGAAUAUUCGCAGUUUGCACCCACUGUGGUAGGAUUUCCUUUGAAUAAAAUUCAACCAAUAUCAUCAACUUCGUAUUUAAGACAUCGGACCGACCGAACAGAAGCUAGAAAACAACUGGAGCUACCGACAAUUCCAAUUUGCGGGGGAGUGACAAUUGAAACCAAAAUAUAUGGCGGCAAAGACGCAGAUCUUUAUGAAUUUCCAUGGAUGGUUUUAUUGGAAUAUAAGAGAAAAUCUGGAACUUUGUCCACAAACUGUGCUGGUUCACUUAUAAAUGAGAGAUACGUUCUGACCGCAGCACACUGUGUGAAAGGAGCAAUUGAAAAAAGAAUUGGUCCUCUUGUAAGCAUUCGGGUAGGCGAAUAUAAUACCAAAGAAAAAAUUGACUGCAAUCAACUUGCUUGUGCUGCUGAAGCUUUUCAAGUUCCUGUGGAACAUACUAAACCUCAUGAACUUUAUAAGGAAUCGUCAACAAACAAAGAACAUGAUAUCGCCUUAGUCCGGCUAAACCGAAUAAUUUUAUUUUCAGAUAAAAUUAAGCCUAUAUGCUUGCCGUUCGUAGUUCAACAAUCAGAUUUAGGUUUAAGCACUCAAUAUACCGUUGCAGGCUGGGGCCGAACAUUAAGAAAUUCAAGUAGCACUAUUAAGCAAAAGUUAAAUGUAACGCUUGUAGAUCAGCAGCAAUGUCACAGAAAAUUUUUAGAGCGUAAAGUUAAUAUUGUAGCCAGCCAACUAUGUGCAGGCGGCAAAUAUGCAGAGGAUAGCUGUGAAGGUGACUCCGGUGGGCCUUUAAUGCGAUUCCAAAGUGGAGCAUGGGUGUUAGAAGGUAUAGUUUCAUUUGGUUUUAAAUGUGGAUUAAAAAACUGGCCAGCUGUCUAUACUCGAGUUAUCAGCUAUGCUGACUGGAUACGUAAAAGCAUGAGAUAAAAGCAAUUAAAAAGUGGCUACUUGACUGUGAUCUAUGUAUAUUAAUUUUAAUAAAAUUUUGAAAAUUU